AAUCAGGUAGUAACCAAAGAUUACUUGAAGGUGAUCAUUGACAAUCAAAAGGAAGCAUACAAGCUGUUCAGACUUAUUGGUGCACAUACUGGGAACCGCAAGAUGGAAGUAAUUCUCCAACAACACAGUCCAUCUCCAAUACCACAGCUCCCAAUUGCAGUCAACGAAGGAGAAGCAUCUUAUAUCCCUUCUCAUCUGAACAUGACAAAUUUAAUCCUUGAAGCACAGCAAAGAAAUCCGGAAAACUCAGCACAGCACCUAUCCAGCUCAGGACUGGAUGGAACAGAAUUCAUAGGUGCAGUUGCUGACCACUUCUCAGAUGCUACUCAAUCAGAAGAAAGGCGUGAAAACUUAAAGCGCAUCAAAGAACUGUGUGGGAACAUGCAGGGCAUCAGUGAGGUUGCCGGAUCUUCAAAACGCAAAAGGAACUGAAGGUUCUUUUCAUCAAACCAGGGGGAAAGGGGAAUGUAAUUCAGGGGGAACUUACCUAGUUUUGGCUAACAAUUGUUUUUGGCUAUGAAUUUUUGAUGAGCUCUAAGCAAUGGAAGUCAGAUAUCUCAGUUUUGGUACUAAAAUUGGAAAUCUCCGAUUCAGGUACUUUACAAAAUCUGCCUUCUUAAACUAAGAUUUAAUCUUUAAUUCAUUUCCAACUAGCUUUAAAAGUACUGGUCCUUAGGAUCUUUAUAAUGUACAGGACUUUGGAAAAAU